AUGAGUGACGGCAUUACGGCAUCUCGUGCUGAAGUUAUGGAGACCGUAUAUGAGCUCUCAUGCUUGCUCAAUACGGGUCUAGAUCGUGACACUCUGGCAAUUCUCAUGGCGCUUAUCCAGAAAGGUGUAAACCCCGAAGCAUUAGCUGCAGUCGUGAAAGACCUUCGAAAAGAAGCAGCAGAGCAGCAGCAACAGCAGCAACAAACAGAAGAUUCACGUGAGCGGACUUUUACUGGUGGCAAGCAGCCCUUAUCGACCCAGGAACUCCAGGUCAGUCAGAAGAAGCGCCGCUCGGAUUACUAA